GCGUGUGCUUUGCCUACAGCGCGACAGAGUCAGACUCCUCUCACUGACAGUCAAAGACAUCAUUUGCACUUAGUGAAUUCAGACCUUCCAAACCAAACUUCACCGAAAACUUUUUGUUCUUCCUGAAGAGAAAAGAGGAAGCAGAAAGGGGAAAAAUCCAACUGGGUGAAGAAGUAAUUGUGGUGGAAGAAAAGCCUUGCCUUUUUAAAAAGGAAUCACAACAACUUUUGCUACAAGGAUGCCUUUGCUUCUGACUAGAGGAUUGAUGGUGUUAUUUUGCUGGAUUAUAGCACAGAGUUCCCCAGCAUCUGGAUUGGAGGGGCACAGUUUAGUUUCUGAUUGCCCAUCCUGUGCCCUUGGCACUCUCUCCAAGAAUGUGCCCAGUUCCCAGCCUGAGAUGGUGGAAGCUGUAAAGAAGCAUAUCCUAAACAUGUUGCACUUGAGAGACAGACCUAACAUCACUCAGUCAGUGCCCAAAGCUGCACUUUUAAAUGCUAUCAAGAAACUCCACGUCGGAAAAGUGAGAGAGGAUGGCAAUGUGGAAAUAGAGAAUGACAUUGGAAGAAGAACAGAAAAGAAUGAGUUGAUGGAGCAAACAUCUGAGAUCAUAACGUUUGCAGAAUCAGGUCAUUCCAGAAAAAUGCUGCAUUUUGAAAUUUCUAAAGAAGGCAGUGAAUUGUCAGUGGUGGCUCAGGCUGAUGUAUGGCUUUUCCUCAAAGUAUCUAAAGGUAAUCGUACCAGAACAAAAGUGACCAUUCAACUACAUCAGCAGCAGAAACUGCCUAAGGGCAGCUCUCAACUUGUGGAAGAGGAAAGUGGACGGAAGGGAGGAAAAAGUGAAAUUCUCAUUUCUGAAAAGGCGGUUGACACCCGUAAAAGUACCUGGCACAUUUUCCCAGUUUCCAAAAGUGUUCAGGGUCUCUUGGAUCAGAGAAGAAAUUCCCUGGAUGUGCGGGUUACUUGUGACCAGUGUCAAGAAACAGGAGCCAGCCUGGUGUUGAUGGGAAAGAGGAAAAAAAAGGGAGAAGCUGUGGAAGGUAAUGAAAGCACAGGAGAAGAGGAGAAAGAGCAAUCACAUAGGCCUUUCCUAAUGAUGCUGGCCAGGAAUUCAGAAGAUCGACACCACAGGCGGCGAAGGCGAGGCCUUGAGUGUGAUGGAAAAGCCAACAUUUGCUGCAAGAAGCACUUCUUUGUUAGCUUCAAAGACAUUGGUUGGAAUGACUGGAUCAUUGCCCCACAAGGCUACCAUGCCAAUUACUGUGAAGGUGAUUGUCCUAGUCAUAUUGCAGGCACAUCUAGUUCCACUCUCUCUUUCCACUCCACUGUUAUCAACCAUUACCGCAUGAGAGGCCACAGUCCUUUCUCCAGCCUCAAGUCAUGCUGUGUUCCUACCAAACUACGACCAAUGUCUAUGCUCUAUUAUGAUGAUGGGCAAAAUAUAAUUAAAAAGGACAUCCAGAAUAUGAUUGUAGAAGAAUGUGGGUGCUCAUAGGUUGUGUGCAUUUUGCAUAUCAACACUUUGGGACAGUCUUUUUAACAAUUUCAAGACAAUAAUUUGAAAUAAAAUGUAACAGGAAAGACCAAAUAUUUAACAAAACAGUUACAUUUUCAACAUAAUAGCAUCUAGUAUUCAAAUUAGAGACAAACAGAAGAAAGAAGAAUGACAUUGUUUCUAGAGCAUCAAGGCAAUGCAAUCUUUAUAUUCUCUAUAUUUUAUUGCAUGGUAUUCCACACUUAGCAACAAGGGGAGAUAUCUUUCCCUACCCAAUGUUACCUAUGCAUUCAAGCCUUGAUAACAGCAUAGCUAAAAUAAAAAAUUUGACUGUUAAAUCCAAAAUGUUAUUAAAAUUCUAUAAAAGCCAUGUGCAUGAACACUACAUUCACUGGCACUUUUAUUCCCAGGAAUUUACCAAUGACACAAUGAGUGUGCACAUAGAUGAUUGUGGAGGUUUCUUAUGGCAAACACAUACAAAAAACACGUGUGUGUGUGUGUGUGUGUGUGUGUGUAUACACACACACACACACACAUAUACACAUACAUAUAUAUAUACACACACACACAAACACAUACACACACACAUAUGUAUAUGUAAAGGGGACAAUUAAUGCAGGUGUACUAACCUUUAUUUUCUGCACUAUUUUUGCAAAAAAGUUUUAAAAAAGUAGAAAAGAAAGAAAGAAAAAGAAAGAAAGAAAGAAAGAAAACACAAAGUUACAUUUCAUAAAGGUGCUUAUGACAUUAGAACUAUGCAACCAAGUUGAUUUGAAACUUUACCAGAGAGAGAGAGAGAGAGAGAGAGAGAGAGAGAGAGAGAGAGAGAAAGAAAGAAAAAAACCCAGACUUAAAAAAUAAUAAUGGAAGUACCAUUUAAUUUUUUCUUCAAUGAAAAAUACUUGAAAGGAACGUAUUUGUCCAGUUACUGGGCCAACAUUUCUACAUUUUGUAAAAAUGAGGAAAAAAAUUUUUUUAAAGAAAAAAUAUUGUUUACUAUUUGCACUACAAACUAUGUUCAACCUGUCUUCUAUCCUUUAUUUAACAAGUAAUUUGGGGAGGGAUUUGGUUGGGUUGGAAGGGAGUUGAAAGCUGCACUUAUUGUGAGCUAUAUAAGAACUGCUACAGCACACAAAAUAGUUAUUUUUAUUAUAAUAUUUUAUAUCUUAAAAAUGUACACCAAAGAUGUUUGUGUGAGCCUCUAAACAAUUUGUUUUAAACUAAUGUUAUCCAUAGGUUAGGAUUUGAUUUAAGGAUCACUAGUGAAACUGGUUGUAUUCAAACUAUGGUAGAUGAUUUCUCGAUGAAUCUGACCACCAGAUAGGACAGAUAUUCAUUUAUAAAGCCCUUAAAUUAUCCAGGGAACUUUGAAUUAAAAACUGAAUUUUAGAAUACUGCAGUUGUGAACCAUAUGUACAGCAGCUGUACAUUACUGGAAAGCAACACAAUAGAAAGGUGCAAUCCAUAUUUGUAUAUGUAUGUGUAUAUACAAUUUAAGCAUUUCAGGCUAGGCUUUUAAUGCUCUUAAAAAUAAUGUUUGUGUGCCAAGCACAGUGUAUUAUUCCACCACCACCACCACCACCACCACCCCAUUUAAAAUUAUACCACUCUGUAUAAAACCUCCAAUAUAAACAUAGACCAAUGUGAUCUUACAUCUUUCUUCAGUGGUAAAUUUAAAUUUCAAGACAGCAGGACCCAGUAACUCUUGAAUAGUUUAAAUCUAUGUAGCAAUUAAUGGACAGUGGAUAUGCAUACUGAUGAUUACAUAUGUUCAUUUGAAAGUGUGAAAAACAAGCGGAGAGAGGCAAAUGAAUAAGAAUACUUGUGUAUUGCCUGGUCUUCUUGCAUAAUUUCUGAAUUAUAUUGGAGAAAAUAUCUUGAUGGAUAAUGCCAGACAAGUAAUUUGCUCAUUGUCUUGCCAAUGUAUUAUUCUCCACAUAGGAACUAUUUCAUGCUCUGCCAAUAUACAAGAUUUAUGUGUCAGUAAUUUGUAAAAUGCCUCUGAUCAGUCUGCCACCAUCAGCAGGCAUUGUAGAUUACCAAUUUUGGUCAAUGCAGAAUAUUUGUCCAGAUAUCUAGUAAUUGUAAAUCCCAGAAUUCCAGGCAGCAUGCUCAAAAGCCUCUAAAUAGGAGAAGUUUGAAUAGAGAAUGGGUGAAAAUGCUACAAUGAAGUGGAAUUGCACAUUUUUGUAUGAAUGCAGAGAGUAACUUAUGCUAAUGUAUAUUCAUCAGGAAAUUUACAUUAAACCUGGUAUGUGACAAAGUAAAAGAAUUCUGUUAAGAGUAGUGUUUCCUAUUACCAGUUUGGGAUGGAAUCUGGUUAGAAAUUUGAAUUUUGCCCUCUAUCUGGUACUACUUAAAUGCAUUCCUUUUUAAGUACAGAUAAAAUCCAUUUGUGCUGACAGGCCUAGUAUCAAAGUACUUUCAAGGCAAAAAGGAUAAGUCAGCAGUCCUGCCUUUUUUUGUUUGUUUGUUAUCCAAUAUAGCUGUAAUCCAAUGUAUGGAACUAUUUUAUCCAAUGUAUGGAACUUUAUAGAUAUAAAGUUUAUACAUUGCCACUGUAUAAAUCUAAAAGCAAUUAGAAAAAGAUGAUAUUGCAAAUCUUCAUUCCUCGGGUGAAAAAUCACAAAUAGUAAUAAUAGUUUGUGACAUUGAUUGAGAAGUGAUUGCCAUAGUCAAGAAGGGAUGUGGUUGAGAAUCUCACAUCAUGAAGUCAAGAUAUGGGCUAGCUUGAUUUCAUGAAAUCUCUUAGAAGGUGGUAUGUGGAACAGAGAAAUGAAUCCUUUCUCUCAUGCAUUUUAGUAAAGCAUCAAAAUGAUCAUCCUUGCUGAUAAGGAAAAGUUGCUGAUAAGUAUGAAAUUUUAUGUUGCAUUGAUGGUUGCUUCAAGCAGUGUGACAAGGUUAUGAGUUUGUCUGAGCACUAGUAUUUAUAUAUCUGUAUCAACAAGAUAGAAAAUAAAAGGGGAAAAUGUUUUACCUCAUUCAGUAAAUAUCAAAGUAUUUACUUGGAGAUAAAUUUAAUUUAAUUUACAAUAUAUAUAUAAUUCAUAACAUAAUUAGUGUGGUAUACCCUUAUGGAGGUUUUAAAACUUCCAUGUAUCCAUUUUAUAGAAAGAAAAUACAUUUCAUAUUUAAAAUAUGCACAGGUGUUUUUCCAAAUAAUACAAAAAGAAAAUGUAAGUAAAUUAUUUGCUUAUGUAAUACUUUGCAGAAAAAAGAACAUUCACUAGUGAUUUUGGAAGACAACAAAAUCUUAAAGGGGAAGUGUUUGAAGUGAUGUAAUUGGAAACACUCCGUUGACUGUAGAAGAUAUGUUUUUCUGGCCUGUUAGUUACAUGUGGAGUGCCCAUGGUUAUCGGAAAUUCCAGCUGUAUAAAAGUGAAAUUAAGCAGAGGUUAUCUGUACUUUAAAGCUUUGACAUUUGAAGCAGCUACAUUUAGUCAAAUAUCUCCUUUUUCUGAUACAACUGCAAAUUUUCUAGACUAAACAAGCCUUUCAUAAUAAAUUCUAGGAUGUUUAAGUCAUGUAAGCAGCUAUAAGGAAAUCAGCUCUCUAGGAAUGAGGCACAAUCUUAUAAAUGCAUACUCUAAUUACUAAUUAAAUUCAGUGCAACUUACCUUAAGAUAAAAAGGUAAAAAGUUAGCAGAAUAAUAGAAGAGUCCUUACAUGAAGAAAAAUUAGAAAGGGAAGAUGGGGAACUUACUAAAUAUAAAAGUAUAAUUGGUUUGUACUCAUCUUGCCCUGAGCAAGUGACUUUCAGAAAAACCUGUAGCACAGGAUGAUUGUGAAAUAAAUGAAAUUAGAAAUGAAAUUGUUUUAAAGGAGUAAUUAUAGUAACAUCCAUAGGACCACAUCCAGUAGUAAUAAACAGAUCCUUUAUUAGUUAAUCAUAUGCUUAUCAUUAUUGGCACGGACAACAGCACUGAUGAUUUCAUGCUAGCCGAAAAUAAGUGUAUAUUAAUAUUUUUGAUGAUAUUUUCAGAAAUCCAGUUCUAUUUUUAUUGAAUGCAACUGCUCCAUCCAUCCUUCCUAGCUUGGUUUGAUAUUCAGAUAUAUGUCUCUGUGAUCUUUCAAUCAAUUCUAAUCUAUUUAUCUACACUUUUCAAGUGGGUUGAGAAAAACAAGUUAACGAAGUGGCUUAUAAAAACACACUGGAAAGAAUGGGAGGUUUAUAAAUUAAUGAACAUGUAUGUCUACCCGAUUCCAAUUGCAUCCAUAUAUAUGUAUACUUUACUUUGAAAUCGCUUAUUGUUUAACUUCUACAGUCAUAGCUUUUUAACUUAUAGCUAUUUAAAGCAUAAAGAAAUAGAUUAAAUUGAAUUGCUUCCUCAGAAUAGAGAUUGAAAUUGCUAUCCUAUUUAACUAGUUUUUCAAGACUCUGCUACCUUGGCAAAAAUAUUUUAAGGUAAAAAAUAUAGAUUAAGAUCUUUUAAAAAGGACAUUCAUUUUCCUUAGCUACCUUUUUAAGAAAAAAAAAAAAAACUACCAGAUGUUAAUAAGAGGUUAUGAAGGGAUAAAACAUUGGCCUGUGACUUUUGUAAGGUGCUGAAUCUACCACAUGUUCCUUUUUCUAUCUUGCCUGGGCAUUCUCUUGCUCUCAUUUUAAGAGCUAAAAAUGAAAAGUGUGGUUUUCACCAGCUAUAGUUUAAUAUUAAGCAUUACAAGGAAAUAACUUUUUGUAUCAUUUUUCAGAAUAAAAAGGGAGCAUACCUGAGUCUUGACUAUGCUAGAGCAUGCUAGAGCAUAGUCAAGACUCACUAUCAAUUAAAUUGAAACUGAAAUAUUAUUAUUAGUAUUUAAAUUACACCUGGGUGUCAAUCACAGAGCUCAUUCAAAUAUGCCAUUUCAAAAUCAAUAGAAACUUAUUAGUUACCUAUUAUAUUGGUAUGUAUUUUAUUUAAAAUCAAUUUCAUUUUUACUUUUAAAUCCCUAGUCCACAAGUAAUAAAGUCACUUUCUGAUAUUCUAAACUAACACUGAAUUUCUAUAAUUUAUAACUGAUCAAUAUAAAACAGUCAAAUUAAAACUCUUAUGAAUGACAUAUUUCCCUGAGCAAAUGUAAUCUACAUUUCUAUAUAUCUCACUAUUUAUUUUUUUAAUGCAGAGGUUUUCAUUGUUAAUUUGCAACUGUUUAAUUUUUUAUUUAAACUUUUUAAAUGAUACAUAUCCCAACCCAAUGAGAAUUAUCACUGUGUGGAAUCUAGAAUCUGUAUGAAACUUGUCUCUUUGGAAUUGGUUCUGCAUGUAGAAAGUGCUGAUAAGAAACAAUGCAGUUAACCUCAAAUACCUAUCAUAACAGUUUGGUAGCUUUCUCAGCUUCCAUAACCUGUACAAGACUGAUUAUUAAAUAUUUCCCUCUUAAUCUUUUCUCCAAGCUGUAAACUUAGAGCACUUAAUGUUUUCUCCUUUGAGGCUAGACAGAAAGUUCCUUUCAUAUCAGGUAACAUGGGAUUCUACAGAGUUCUGAACUAAGGAUAUUAUGUCUUGAGUGUGUGUCUAUGUGCAUGCCUGUGUGUAUGUUAGUGUAAAAUACAUGCCCUCACACACACAAACAGACACACAAAUCAACCUCUACAUGUAUACACAUGAGUUAUGACAUUUUGUUGGAGUUGUUAAUGUUUUAUUGUUAUUAUUGGGUUACCUUUUUCGCAUACUACAUGCAGUGCUUUAACCAAUGUCCAUUUGGCUAAUGUAAUUAAAAUUGUUAAUUUAUAUGAGUACAUUUCAACCAUGUCAUUGUUUUCUUAAUAUUUAUUAUGUAGAUGAACUGGUAUUUUUGCAGUAUGUUUUAAGAAGUAACAGUUUGAUAUGUUCUUAUUUGUGUUAGGAUUUAUUUAUUUCAUAGCAUUCUGUCCAAUAUUUUAUACCUGGAGGCAUGCAAUUUAUACUUUGUACAGUUAGCAAGAAAUUUUCAUCAACUUCCAAUAGUUUCAUAAAAUAAAUAAAGGCUAUCUUUUGAAAACAAA